GUAACUUACUCUGGCUUCCUUCCUGGAUCUCUGUAGUUAAAUCUGGUGUCCACUGUCACCAUGUCAAAGAACAUCUUGGAAACAUCUCCUCAGAGUUUACCUCAAACACCUACUACUCCAACAGCCCCAAUUACUCCAAUUACCCAGGGACCCUCAGUCAUCACCCCUGCCAGCAUACCCAAUGUGGGAGCCAUUCGAAGGCGACAUUCAGAUAAAUACAACAUUCCCAUGUCAUCAGAAAUUGCCCCAAACUAUGAGUUUUAUAAAAAUGCAGAUGUCAGACCUCCAUUUACUUAUGCAACUCUCAUAAGGCAGGCUAUCAUGGAAUCAACUGACAGGCAGUUAACACUCAAUGAAAUUUAUAGCUGGUUUACACGGACAUUUGCCUAUUUCAGGCGCAAUGCAGCCACUUGGAAGAAUGCGGUACGGCAUAAUCUUAGCCUGCACAAGUGUUUUGUUCGAGUAGAAAAUGUUAAAGGAGCAGUAUGGACAGUGGAUGAAGUAGAGUAUCAGAAGAGAAGGUCACAAAAGAUAACAGGAAGCCCACCGUUAGUGAAAAACAUACCCACCAGUUUAGGCUAUGGAGCAGCACUUAAUGCAAGCUUACAGGCUGCACUGGCAGAAAGUAGUUUACCUUUGCUUGGUAAUCCCGGAUUAAUAAAUAACACAUCCAGUGGCUUACUACAAGCAGUCCAUGAAGAUCUCAACGGUUCCUUGGAGCACAUUGACAGCAAUGGAAAUAGCAGUCCAGGCUGUUCUCCACAACCUCACAUACACUCAAUCCAUGUCAAAGAAGAGCCAGUGACUGCUGAGGAUGAAGACUGUCCAAUGUCUCUGGUGACAACAGCGAAUCACAGUCCAGAAUUGGAAGAUGAUAGAGAAAUUGAAGAAGAGCCUUUAUCUGAAGAUCUGGAAUGAACAGAGACUUGGAAAAUCUCAAAAUGAAGGGACAUAACACUGACCUUCCGAACCACUCCAUAACCAUGAAUAUUUGACAGAUUUUUACUGUGACUAUUUAUUAAGCAUGGAUAAAGGAGAAACACUCCUAAAGGAACUCAUUAAGCCAGCCCUUUGGGAAUCCAAUUACAAGCAGAUAAAUAGCUUGUGGGUUUUUUUGGUUUUUUUCCCCCCUUUUUUAAAGAUAAACUGAUUUUCUUGAAAAACAAAACUGUUUAUAUAUAACGGCUUGCCCAUUUAAAAAAUGUGGCUAACAAGGGUUCAUGACAUGACUGAAUAUGAGGAUACAUGUUCUAUAGAAAGCAAAUGGGCCUCAUAUACUGCCAAAAAUAGUGUUAGUUUCAUCAAUGUGAAAAUUCCAGCAUACUGUAGUUGUAAUAAUGUUAGAAACAAUUGCUGGUCAAGUUCAACUUGUUGCUAUUGUUUUUAAUUUGCACAGGAGUAGUAUCAGAAAUUAGUGUCACUGCUUGUAUCUAGCUGAAUUUUAAACCACAGAGUGUUAGUUUUUUUCAUGUUGGUGCCACAAACUGUAAAUGACAUAAGUUAGUUCUAACAAACCACAGUAAUUAGACUGUUGCGACCAUCUAAAAUCUAAGCUUCCAGUCUGUGCUGUUAGUGUUAAGAUGUAAAGUGCAAUCCUAAGCUAACAUUGUCUGUGCAAGCACCAUAGAAACAUUUGCAUAUCUGCAUAUAUCUUACAACUGUACUCUUUACCUCCUUGUGAUAAAGCUUUGUCUACCUGCAAAUACAGUCAAAGGCUACAGCUGCAAACCAAAGCCUACACUAACAAUGGCCAAUAGCUCAAUGACAGAAGCAGCCACAUGCUUUGGUCAGCCUUCUGUAACUUUAAUUAGUACAAAGGAACUUUUCCAUGAACUACUUGCUGUUUUCUGAAGACCUCUGGGAUCUUUUCAUUUAGCCCUAGACCAAGAAAUAAAUAUGGGGGGAAAAGUCAAUUUUGUCACACUGUAAUCUUCUGAGGCCAAAAGUCAACCUCAAUGCAAUGAAGAUUUGUUUUUAUUUUAAAACAGAGGUGAGAAUGAAGUUUGUGCAGAAGUUAACAAUAGAAAGGAACAAACAUGGAUCACUGACCAAAAUUAUGUACUUGAUGCAAAUGCAGAUUGUGUAUUGUUAUGUAAAAUAUGUUUUUUAAUUAUGUUCCCUCUCCAUUUAGACUGGUUUCCCCCAUCCCCACUCCCAUUGCCUGUGAUGAAUACAUGUUGUUCGAAGAAGUCUCGUAUGGUCUUAAACUUCGUUGUGUGCUACUUUUUAUAGUCUUAAGUUAUAAAUGACAAAAAAGUAGGAACCAAACAUAAAAAAAGGUCUAGUAAAGCCAAAAAUUAAUUUCAUAUUGAUUUAAAGUAAUCUAGGUGAGUUUUUACAAUGAAAGCAAAGAUUAUAGCAAUUGUAGUCCAUGGUAUUUAUUUUCAGUCAAACCAAAGUUACAUAAAAUUCUGCCUCUGUUAAUACGGGAUACUAACACUAACAAUACACUCCCUUUGGAAGACUUGCACAGGCCAAAUUGUUGGAAUGCUGUUUUUCCUUCUCCUGUUUUUCUCCCCUUCCUCCUCCUCCUCUUCUCCUCCUCCUCUUCUAUCCCUACCUUCCUACAACUCCAAACCCCAAAUUACAAUGGUACAAUAAUGGUGUAUUUGACACUAGUAUAGUCUAAUGUUUGCUUAUAUCCUACAAACUUUACAUGUUGCUUUUCAUGUGCUGUGCCAAGUCUUGAUAAUACUCCCCCCCCCCCCACCAAAGGA